CGAUAGGUAAGAUUUUUUUGUCAUUUGCAGGAAAAAUAAUUAUUUUACUUUUGUGAAAUUCCACUGUACAAUGUGGAUAUAGAUAAAUGGAUAUGGCACAAAAUUUGCAAAAGAAGCCCUCCAAGGGUAUUCUAAAGACGUCCAGAAGUAUUGAUGGACAUGAUGGCACGCCUUCGACUAGCAAAAGGCCAAAGGAACAGAGGUUUGAUGAAAUGAAUAUAAUCGAGACAUUCCACCCGCCUGACAAAGAUUAUGGGCAUAUGAAGGUAGAUGAACCUAAAACACCGUUUUCUGAGAGCGUGGAUGGAGAAUUAGAGCCGAGUGAUGAAUUGGAUGCUAAUAUCUUGGCAGCUAAGCUCGCAGCAAGUAUGAAUAAGCCGCCAAAGUGCCUGGAUGCGUGUGAUAGUGACGAGGAUAUGGAAGAGCCGGAGGAGGUGCGGCAACGUCGACUAGAGUUUGAGAAAAAAAGGAAGAUUCAUUACAAUGAAUUUCAGGCACUGCAACUUGCACGGCAGCUAAUGGCACAGGAGGAAGAGGAAGAUGAGGACAGUGACAAGGCAACCACUUGACUGCUGCGCUCUGCCGCACCUGUACAUACAAUAACUUGAAGCUGACCACAUUUUCUCCAUUGGCCCUUAUGAAAUAUGGGCUAGGAAUACAGUAAUAUCAUUUGAUUAAUUAACAAUAAUUUGUAGUAAAGAUUGAUGUGAUGUUUUUUUUUUCAAUUUACACUGCAAAAUAAGGGUUUGCUGCUAAAAUGAUAAACUAAAUGCAGUAAGUAUUAUUAUUACUAAGUAUUAUUAUGUCCAAAAAGCUCCCCAGUACUGGCCUUUUAAAAUGGCUUGACAUAGUACUAGUAUAGUAUUAUGUUGUCUGGGAGAACUUGGUCACAGGUACCAUAUACAAAGAGAUCAUAAACCGAAGUAUUUCCAAAUGUAUAGCUGAUUUAAACAAUAUACCUAGGUUUUGGCAGUGAACCCUCAACUAGCAGACCUUUUGAUAUUUUGUUUUUACAUGUUCAAUAUUAACAAUAUCCUAUUUAAUUUCAAUUUAUAGUUCUAUCAAGUAGUUAUGUGUCUGGAAUGUGCCAACCGGAUUAGAGUCGUCUGAUUUGUAGGUAAAAUUAGAGUUUGUAAAGUUGUGAUUUAAAAAAUAUGUCUAUUGCAAAUAAAAUUUGUUAAGUGUUCACAAUAACAUAACAAGUCUAUGAUAUAAAUUAUUUUUCAUAAUACUAGUCAUAGGAUUUUGUGAAAUCUUGUUUUUUGCUUCAAUAAUAGGUAAAAAGUAACACACAAUCAAAAUUAUAUAGUACACUUGAUAAUUUAUUUUAUACAAAUGGGUUAUAUUAGUAGGCCAUUAGUACAUACUUAAAGAAGAGAAAUGCAUCAUUAAAAAUAAACUACCCUUCAGUGCACAGUACAACAUUUGGCAAUUUUGAAAUCCAUUUGAUAAAUACUAGGAACAAAAAUCUUUGUCUGAGUUUUUGUUAUGUUCAGCUCAUGUAAAUUAAUUAUUGCUUAAUUAGCUUUGUGCCACACAUUACUUUGCUAACAAAGAGCUUGAAAUGCUUUAGUUAAUUUUUUUAAAUUAUAUUUAUUGUGACUUGUAGGGCUUUAAUUUUUUUUUUAUUAAAAGGAACACUAUAAUUUAUUAUUAACCAACAAUCAAAGCAAACUUUGGAAAAUUUUACUUUAGAUUUUCAAUUGAAUUCUAAUUUCAACACAGAUUUCUUGUCAAUGUCUAUUAGGUUUAGGGCUGAUUAGAUUCCUCAUAAAAAUGCAUUUAUAAAUUAUUUUCAUAUAUUAAAUAAUGUUAAUGUUUUAUUGCAUUAUAAAAGUUUAUAUUCAAUGAGAAUAAUAAAGCUACACAUAGAACAAGGCCAGAAACAGAUAGGGACCACCAAAACGUGAACUGCUUAAACAUUCUUUGAAUAAAAUUUGCUACUGUAUCACACAUUUGUUAGCAUCGUAUCAGUUUUGUUGUCUUGGAGUUAAAAAAUCCGUGUCCGAUUGACUAUAAACAAGCAUUGUGUAACAACCUUUAAGUUCUGUGGAUGCCAUUGACAUAUUAACAAUAAAUAAAUGCAUAUAAAUAUCCAUAGAAUAAACCAAAACGGGAAGAUACGGCACUCUUGCCUUAAAGGUGCACUGCUAAAAUUAGUAUUCGCUUUUGAACACAAUUUGCUUUGUCAUAAUUUGACAUUCAAAUACAAUGCAUGUGCAUUCAAUAUAAUAAUAUUGCGGAUAUUCUGUGUUAAAAAAUAAAAUAAUGCCCUCGGUGCUUUAAAAAAGUGCACAAAUAUUUCAAGAUAACAUAUUUCACAACAUCGCUUCUCAUUCUUAAAAUUAUGAAAUGAUUUUGUAUAUUUUUUUAUUUAAUUACUCAAAACAUUAAUGUGAUAUUUUGAUUUGAAAUUUUGCAGUCAAAUCUUGGUACAAUUUUAACUUAGAAAUGACGUUAUGUGCCCAUCCCAAACUUUGACGCCCUUUAAUUUUGUCAUUUUAUGGUUGAUUGAUAAAAGAAAAAUAAGUGUCCACUAUUUUUUGAUAAUGUAACUGACGGACUAAACAGAAAUUUAAUAUUUCCCUGUCAUCAUAAAAAUCAAAAUCAAUAUAGUUUAUUCAGACUAGGCUGUUACAAGCACUUGUGAAUGUCGAAAAGCUACGCCAUCGGCUCGCAAAUGUACUACGGGAAACCUUGUACUGAGAAGAACCGGCAAGAAACUCGGCAAGAGCUGUUUUCUUCCCCCUGUAUUAUAUACA